UCGGCGUCGAUCACGAACUCCAUUGUUCCGGACUUUUUUUAGGUUCAAUGAACUGGGAUGAUAUUAYGAAACCACUAUAACGCUACGUGGAUUCGUCCAAUAAAGAGAUGCCUAACUGGGCGCCUUUUUCGUCCACGCCUCGUCACCGUCUAUCUUUUUGGAGCUGCCAUGACAAUUCUUCGCAUCAUGUGGACGCUAUCCUAUUAUGACAUAUCCUAUUUAAAUGAAAUCAGAAAUUUUCGCUACCAGUGGUGUAGAAUGCAGAAAUGGCGUGUAGACUGGGAAGGAAUGGUUAGACCAUGUGAGUGUCGAGUUGCCUGGUCCCAAAGAGAAAUAAACUCAGAGUUGAGAAGUGAUGCAAGGAAAAGUUUUAUCACAAAAUGGGAGAUACUUCCUGCAGGUCAAUUUAGUCGUUUCUUUAUUCAAUCCGUGACAAAGAAGGGCGACAUAAAAACCUUUGGGGGCGAUGCAUGGCGAGUUUAUAUCAGACAAGGCCCAGCCUCAAUUGCGCCGCAAGUUUGGGACCUCGAAAACGGCAUGUACGAGGUGCUGUUUUUAGUAACGGAACCUGGCAAUUAUUCCGCCCAGAUAAUACUGGAUUUCACUUUAUGUGACGGUUUGCGGGAUCCACCAGUGGAUUGGUUUAUUAUAGGGACGGUUCAAGGAAAGUAUCAGCCAGAUGGCGUCUUAGGAUACAUUGGCGAUGACUACAUCCUACAACCUCUGGGGGAACAAACAAGGUUCAAUUUCUUUGUUCCGUGGAAUGGCGCUCUCACUCCUGACGCCUCAAUCAUACCAUCCUGCCUUGUUGGUUUAGAAACAGAGGGAAAUUUGCCAACCAGUUGUGGAAUAACGUGUAACUUUGUGAAGAAUGGAUUUGGUAGAUGGGUCAACAAUGAAUGGUUACCGUACGUAACAGAUGACGACUCGACAAUAGAACAACAUCCAGUCACACCUGCGAACACUUUAUGGAUAUAUGGUGAUUCUGUUGGUCAACGAUUUUUAGAUUCACUUAAAUCGAGAGGAAUUUGUCAAGAACAUUUCAAAAAGUGCACCAAUUCCUACAUGUGGGUAUAUGAGUUGACAAGUGUUAAAGAAGCAAAGACAAAGUUUGAGCGGAACGACUUUGACGAGACAAUUAUCCUGCAACAUAUGAGUAAGAUUCUCGACUCUUCGGAUCUGAAGUCACAAGACAGUGUGUUUCUCUUCAAUCUUGGUGUUCAUUACUCCGUAUCACUCACUUUUACAACUUACAGACGCCUCAUAGACAACGUGGUGAGACUACUGAGGAGAAAGUUAGGUAACACAGCGCAAAACAUGCCCAUUCUAAUUUGGAAGACGACCACUUCAAUAGAAAAGGAAAUGGUUCACAAAAUAUAUGCUGAACUACCUAGGAACAAAACCCAUUGGAGAUUUCAUACUCAUCAGAGACUUGAGUUGUUUUACAAGUAUGCCGUUAGUGCCAUGUGCAAGGCUGGUAUUCCUGUGCUAGAUGUGUAUCCCAUGACUGCUUCAUACCCUAAUGGCACGUUAGAUCACGUGCACUACAGCGACGAAGCACAAAGAGCAGCGGAAGACCAGCUGGUAACAUUAGUAAAACAGGAAAUCAAGAAAAAACGGAGGAAUCUCCUAGUCGUUUAGCCAGAAAUUUCUAAAGUUGAGUUUUCUUGUCCCAGAAUGACACAUCAAAUACAUCUUUGAUAUUUAGAUUCAAAGGAUAUUUUUUUAAUUUGCAGAAUAUUUAUGAUAGGUUUAUUUCUAGACUUGGCAACUCGUCAUCGCUACCGUUG